GGGACCAUAGCGAUCAAGAAGAACAAUUUCUUCCUAAGCCAUUACUAUUUAUGCUUGGUAUGAGACUAUAGUACCGGAAUAAUUUAGAAGCCAAAAUAAAUUCUUACUUCAGGUUGUAAAACUUGAGCAUGAAGACGACCUUGCGUUGGAAUAUUCAAGUAAUGAUCGAAGAUCAAAUAUAAAAGUGUUAGCUGAUCCUCCGUUGCCGGGAAAGUCACCAGGAUACGGAAACCAAAAGCAAUUUCGCGCUGUUUUUAUGUCUUAUGAUGAUGAUGAGUUGUUUCCAACCGAUGAAAAAGUCGAAGUGAAUUCGGUUAUAUCAGCAACAGUUACAGACGGCACACAAACAUACAGCGUUCCAGUCGAGUUUUCGAUGCAAAUAGCGGACAAUAAGAAUGUUUCUUCAGGAACGUGUCUCAAAACGGAAUGUAGAUAUUAUGAUCACCCAGAGCAGUUAUGGAAAACAGACGGGUGUCGCGUUGAACCUCCGGUUAUUGGUCAGAGAACCGAUGUUGUCAGAUGCAAAUGUGAUCAUACAACAAGUUUUGCAGUUGUUGUGAGUGAACACGUGCUACCAAAUUAUGCUUUGGAUAUUGUGAGCACUAUCGGAAUGAUUAUCUGUAUUGUAUGCCUUGCCUUAACCAUAUGGAUAUUUUUGUUUGUACCAGAACUUCGUCGCGUGCGAUCUGCAUUCACUCAUAUUAACUUAUGUGCCUGCCUUUCCAUUGCUUACUUCAUAUUCUUGAUUGGGAUAGAAGCGACAAGUAACAGACAAGUUUGUAUUGCUGUAUCCGCCCUUAUACAUUUCUUCUUACUAGCAGCUUGGGGAUGGAUGGCGGUAGAGAGCAUAACAAUGUACAGGAUGUUUGUUCAAACGUUUGAUAGAAGGCACGCGAAAGACGAAGGGGUUAAAUCUGCAAUUGUUGUCUAUGCAGUCGCAGCAGCAAUUGUUCUCACUACUAUAAGUUUCUCGAUUUUAUCGCAGUAUAUGCAAUGGGAUAAAGGAGCAGGUUGCGAAACUGAUGUAUGGUCAACCUACGUUGCCGAAAGUUAUUGUUGGUUGCAAGGGAAUUCACUCUAUUUCGGAUUUCUUCUGAUUGUUGGAAUAUUUUUAACAUUCAACAUUGUAUUAUCUGUUGUCAUUAUUAAAGCAAUAACAUGGGGUCGGAAAUCAGUACAGUGUUCGAUUGAAGAGAAGCCCAUUAUCCAUGUUCUACGUGCUAUACUUGUAGCCUUGCUUCUCGGUGUGGCUUGGAUAUUUGCUAUACCACUGGUCGUAUCAAGCAAUGCCCUAGUGCAGGAAGUAUUUGGAUGGCUUUUUGCUAUAACGACUUCGGCACAGGGAGUAUUUGUAUUCUACUUCUUCUGUUUAAGGCGAAAGGAUGUGAGGCAAGCCUGGACGACGGCCAUAACACAAAGAUGUAAUUUCCAAAAGAACAAAAAUGAAGAUGUCAUCAGUUCCACAAUUGCACAACCUUUUGCUCCACAAAGUGCUACCACGCGAUUUGGAAGAACAUUAACCCCCUCGACUGCUUCAGAAACAACAAGAAAAACAACGGUAUCGAUUGGGUCUACUUUUACAUCACCUGGAAAAAAUGCAAAACCAAACGCUAAAAAUUCAAAUGACACAAAUGAAGAAAUAGGACAGACAAAUCUCGGUCACAGCCUAGAUUUGGUUGAAUUUACAGGAGAAGAAGUUUUUGAAACAUGAAUAUAUAGUCACGAAGUAUUGCAACAAGAUGUCACGAAGAAGUCCAUUCGUCUGGUGUCUGACCAUUUGAACGGAAAUGACGUUUUAUAAUACUGAAUAUGGAAGCAUAUUCAUGGAGUUAAAAUUUCCAAAUCGUUCAACGGAUAUGAUAAUGACGCAUCUGAAGACCUGAAUGAAACUCUUAGUGACGUCGUAAAAAUAGUAAUAACAUAAUCGUUGCCAGGUUCAACGGUCAUAGAUGAGCUGUUGAUCUUUCGUUGAAGAUUACAAUUGGCGCGUGCUUGGGCAAAUUUAACACAGCACAAGUAGCACAGUGAUACUGAGCAAGUGGAUCCCGUAAUGUAAAUACUUUAUUAGUUACAUAUAAAAAAUCACAUUAUCGAUUUUUAAAUACCAAUUUUUCAAAUUCAUAAUUUCAAUAUUCGUCUGCAGAAGUCCAAAAACCACAUUGAUUUAUGGAUUGAAAUAUCUGUACAUGAAAAAAAGAAUGUUAUUCAUGAAAUAUUUUGGAUUUUUACAUUGUGACAAAUUGUGUUUUUACGAAGACCGAAACUUUUUUUGAAAGACUAUGAAAGUUCAUGGCAUA